AUGACGUUUUCAAACUUAAAUAAGCCUUCGCCAAUCAUAGAACGAAGAAGUACUUUUGUAGUGGUCAUUGUAAUAUUAGUCUACAUAUUGCUGAUUUUGACUACUACUGUGCUAUUUACCAGUAGUGUUAUUCAAGGUUUUAUUCUAUGUCAAAUUGGUAUUGUCGAUUGGCUCUUGAUAAUAGUUAUUGGUAUUGUUGUUAAUACAUCCAUAUUAGCUCUCAGUCGUUGGUCUAUGUGGUACAAUAUAGACAAAAUGAGUCAAAUCAGAUUGGCAAUUUCUACCUUCGAUUCCUAUUCAAAAUUAGUCGAAUGGGAAUACAAUGUUGACGAAUGGAAUAGUUAUAUGGAAUAUAUAUAUAGAAAUCAACGUUUGAUUUUUCCAGUUGUUUGGCGAUGUUAUGGUCGAUGGAGACGAUUCAAACAGUUUAUUACUUGCAGUUGUACGAGAGGUCGAAUCGUUUUCUAUAAAACUGGCAUACUCAUCGAUGAACUUUUUGUUGUUAUUCUUCGUCCAAAUGGACUCAUAUUUAGCCAGGCUGAAUUGGUGGAUAUCAACGAACAAACAAUGCUACGCUUACAUUUCCUUGCUGUUCAAAAAGAAAAGCAAAAUUCACCGAUGCAUGCACCAUGUCAUGUUGAUAUUCUCGUACCUCGUGUGAUUCAAGAAUCUAAGAAAAGGCUCGAAUUAGUAGUCGAGUAUUUAAACCAUAUUUUAUCGAAAACAUCUGCCGACGAUGAUGAGAUCUCGAAUAAAGUCCUAAAACAUCGGGGCAAGAUAUCGAGAAUAAUCGAGGUUUGA